AAAGACACACGGACAAUCUUCAUAAUCUGCAUGUGCUCUCUGCUCUCUCUGUUUCAAACCCACCAACUCUUCUCCCCCUACUGAGAAUCUCUCUCUCUGUCUCUCUCUCUUUCUCUCUCUAAAAGACAGAUAGCCACAAAAGUCUUUCUCAAUUCCCUUGUCUUUUUUUUUUUUUAAUGAUCGGCCAAUUCCUUGUUUUUCUCUCUCUGUCCCUUCAAAACCAUCACAGAUGUCUGAUCCCUCCCCUUGUCUCUCUCCCUGCAUAAACCCCCGCUUCUUCUCCCGCAUGCGACGGUUCCUCCGCCUCCAUCGCUCCAACAAGCCACACCUGCCGCGGUCCGAUAGCUUCGACACGCCGAGAGUCGUCGAUUUCGAUCAAGAACAACAGGGCAGUAGUACUGAUCAAAUGGAGAUCAGAGAAAGCGGCGAGGGUGGCUUGGUAACUUUGCAGAGGGCGGUGAAGAGGCUUCACUUUGGGGGGUGGGAAGAGAAGGAGGCGGCGGCGGAGGAGAUUAGGAGGUUGGCGAGAAUGGAUUCGAAGAUGAAGAAGGAGAUGGCGGAGCUCAGGGUGGUGCCGCCGUUGGUGGAUAUGGUUGGUUUGGAGGCCGGCGGGCGGCGGCGGACGGUGGCGGUUCAGGCUUUGAUCGAGCUUGCUAAUGGAAGUUACACGAACAAGGUACUGAUUGUUGAGGCUGGGAUCUUGUCAAAAUUACCCCAAAACAUCAGCAUAUUGGACGAAUCAACAACGCAUGAACUGGCACAAUUGUUCCUAUCCAUAUCAUCACUAGCGAACAGCAACUUCCCUCUCUCCUCACCGCAAAUUCUUCCAUUCCUCGUUGGGAUUCUGGAGUCUAAUUCAAGCAUCGAAACCAAAGAAUUUUGUUUGUGCACAUUGUACAAUCUUUCGACCAUGCUAGAAAAUGCAGGAAACUUGGCUACCAAUGAGGUGGUUUACAUCCUCUUGAGGCUUUCUUCCGUAGAACAAACAUCGGAUAAAGCCCUCGCAACAUUAGGGAAUGUGGUGGUGACCCUCCAGGGAAAGAAAGCAAUGGAAAGCAAUUCCAUGGUGCCAGAAAGCUUUAUAGAGAUUUUGGCAUGGGAGGAAAAACCCAAAUCCCAAGAACUUUCUGCAUACAUUUUGAUGAUUCUGGCACACCAGAGUUCCACCCAGAGACAAAAAAUGGCUAAUUCAGGAAUUGUCCCUGUACUUCUUGAAGUCGCGUUAUUGAGUAGCCCAUUAGCUCAAAAACGGGCACUGAAACUACUCCAAUGGUUUAAAGAUGAACGACAAAUGAAAAUGGGGCCUCAUUCUGGGCCACAAACGAGACGGAUUGCUAUAGGGUCACCGGUGACUCAGAGAGAGGCCAAUGAAGGGAAGAAAAUGAUGAAGAAGUUGGUGAAGCAAAGUCUUUACAAGAAUAUGGAAACGAUUACUCAACGAGCCAAUACUGCUGAGAAUUCGUGUUCUAAGCUAAAGGCAUUGGUUAUUAGUUCAAGUUCUAAGAGCUUGCCUUAUUAGAGAUUUAUCUACUAAAACAAAUCAAAUGGGCAAAACUCCAAUGUAUAGCUCCUUGUGAGUGCAAGCGAAGGGGAUGAAAGUGGGAAUGAACAUUUUCUUCAAGAUUGAAAAGGAAUGCACUACUUCAAUGAGAAGCGCACACUUUGUGCAAUAGCUUACAUUGAUGUA